CCUUCAAAUUUCCGCUGUUUGAGUAGAAGAAUCAGUACAAACAAAGGUAAAGUUUUCUCUGCGCUGUCAUAGUUGCACUUAUCCGAGUGAUAAUGUCAAGGGUUCUUCUCAGAGCAAGCCUAAGGAGAUGUAUCGCCUCCCAGAUGAGAAUGGCAUCUGAUCAGCUUGGCGAGUUGGGAAAGGGAGCCGGCAAAGGUGGCGGUGGAGGAGGCUCAGUGAGGGCGGCAGGGGGUGCAUUUGGAAAGCGAGAAGUAGCAGAAGAGGAGAAGUACUUCAGGCAGAAGGAGAAGGAGCAGAUGGAAGCGCUGAGGAAGCAUCACUCGGAGGAGAUUGAGCACCACAAAAAGGAGAUUGAGCGCCUACAGAAGGAGAUCGACCGCCACAAGGGCAAAAUCAGAAAGCUGAAACAUGAUGACUAAAGCUGGGAAAGCCUGUUAUCAUUUCUCUUCACAAGAAUCUGACCAUCUUAUUUGUCGCUUCAGUGAUUAUCACAUAUUGAUUGAUUUACUGCUGGUCAAGGCAGGCACUGUAUAAGACUGACAUGAAUACUAAUAUUACAAUAAAUUUGUUAAAUUUCCA